GCAGAACAGUAUUCGAAUACUUUGGCAUUUAAAAAAAAAACACAAAAUAAUGAAUUUAAAAAAUUGUAUUGUGCUUUUACAUUUGUUUGUUCAUUUGUAUACAGCAAACGCAGGAAUUCGCAACAAUCCACAGAAACUAGGCGAACUAUAUAGAGAGAUUUCAUUUAAAGUCCCAAAAGUUUUUAUGUAUAUAGUAAGAGACUAUAUAGAAAAACCAGACGUGUACAAGAAAUUUGGAAUUACUGGACGGGAUGAAAAAAGGAUAUUAGGAACCCGUUGGACUAAAGAAAUGUCGGAAGAGCAAUUUGUAGCAUUAGUAACAUCAAAAUUUAGUUAUUGGCAACUCGAAAAAAUGUAUAAAAAAAUCUCAAAAGCUGUAAAGUAUGAUUUCCUAGUAACUAAGGAAACAGUUAAAAGUUUUUUAAUGAAGAAACGACUCCUAUAUAGACUAAGUGCAAAGGAAAUCGAAGCGUUAACUAAACCAAUGAAGGAUGAUGCUAUGAAUUUUAGACAGUUUCAAAAUUUUAUGGUUUUCAAAGAAAAUCAUUUAUUAUAUACAGAUAUAUAACACCAGCCGGUGGUAGAUUUAAACGUUUACAGGACCCAGGGCUAUAAAUUUAUUACAACAUUCUAUUGCCGUUCGCUGUAGUCAAAAAGUAAAAUUUAUUAAAGUAUUCAAUUAAGUUUAUUUAAAUAAAAAUUCAAG